AUGGAUAUCUUUGGCAGUGAUGAGAUGCUGGCGGUUCUCGAGACAGGGGAGGCUUGCAAGCCGCACUUGCUCGGGAUGUGCUACGAGUUUUGUUUGCAGCACAUCCGCUCCAAGAAGACCCUGGAUGUGCUGCAGCGACACUCUGCCCUCCAACCCAUAGCAGAUUCUCUGGGCCGUGUGGUGAAGAUUUGCCGAUGCUUGGUCCAUCUCCUGGGGGGCGUGUGGCCUGAUUCUCAGGAGCCGACCUCUGCACAGGAUGUCGUGGAUUUCAUGCAAGCCAAAAGUGUUGGUGCAGAACGGCGUCUGCGUCUCGCCCUCUCCAAAGCAGACACAUUUUGGCAGCAAUCCUACCAGGACGUCUUGAAAUGUGGAUCCCAGGGUGUGCUUCUCGCGCCGGACAUGGAGCGGUUGCGAACGCUUGUGGAGCCGGACGAGCUUCAAGCAUGGGUGUCCGGAGAAAGCAUCACGGAGGCUGUCCGGAUCAGCCAAGCUUUGGAUGGCAAGCUGCGAGCUGUGGAGCUUGGCCCUGUGCUGAGCCAACUUCACACCUUGGGCAAGGCAUCGAUGCGGAGGGUCGUAGCAAGUACCGGUCGUGAGGUUCCCGCAGGGCUUGCACAUGCAUUGCUGCAGGCAGCCUUGUCAUUUAACCGCGUGCCAGGUUUCGAGUCUGCCAGGCUGGAACUGGAGGAGUGGUUGCGGAAAAACAGCACCCAGGUGGCGUCCAAAGAUCUCCUCCAACUGAUGCGUGCUGCUGUGGAGCCCGACCACGGCUUGGACUACGAGGUUGCCGUGAAGCUGCUGCAAAAGAUUGACGUGGACGAGAUGACAGUUCAGGACAAGGAGUCAUUGAAGGCAAGAGCCAACGCUUACAUGGAGGCCUUGGCAGAUUUCAUCGUGGAGAAGGUUGUGGAACCUACGCCAACCGAGAUCAACGCCGUGCUGCCUCUGCUGCUGAAACUCGCAGAGCUUGUCUAUGGCAAGAGCUCGCCCAAGAUGAUGUCUUAUGUCGACAGUGUUGUCAAGUUUGUGAAGGGUGCCGUGCUUUUGUCCACUACAUUAGCCAAGUUGCACACCCAGAGGUCCCAUGCAGCACGGCUGACAAGUGCAAGUGACAAAGAUUUUCGGCUGCUGCUUUUGCUGAAGCAGACACGAGCAGCGUUUCGCGAGAACGGAGCAGCCGUCUCGGCGCACCAGGCAGAGCUUGCCCACGUGCCGGAUCUUGAACAAGCCUUUGCCGCUUAUCCUUGGGCCCCGAAGCUCGAGAGAUUCAUCAAGGAUGCAACGUUCGUGGAGAUCGUGGAUGCACAGGUUGAGGUGUUCACGAGGCAGCUACAUGCGUUUGCACAUCGCCUCGCGCAAGACUGCCAGAACAUGGCGGAAGGACAGAGCUCUUGGUGGCGAGCUAAGGUUUCCAAUGACGCGCAGUUUCAUGUCCUCAGCCUUCUGGCGAAUGAGACCGUGGCCACCCUGGAUCCGGCUGUGCGCAAGUUGCCGGACUU